CAAUAUUUAAGGCAGGCACCAGGUCCAACCAGUGACUUUUGGCUGGUUUUUUUGUUUGGUUGUUGUUGUUUUUUCUUUUUUCCUGGGAAGCCCAAGGAGGCCGAGCGCUGCCUGCACUUGCUGCAGCCCCGCUGCCACUUCGGUUACUCGGGGGGAGAUGACAACUACAAUACAAAUAUUUCCAGCAGACCAAAUCCAUUCGUCUCCCAAAGCCUUUCAUGCUUGACAAAGCUAAGACACAGAGGCCGCCAAGAGGAAGAGAUGGCCACCCAGGGGAAAAGCAGCCCCGCCGGGAAGAUGACCGCCGUGGCUCGCAGCCUGUCCCAAUUAAUGGAUUCUGACAUGGAUUAUGAGAGGCCAAACGUAGAAACUAUCAAGUGCGUCGUGGUCGGGGACAACGCGGUGGGCAAGACCCGGCUCAUCUGUGCCCGCGCCUGCAACGCCACGCUCACCCAGUACCAGCUCCUCGCCACCCACGUGCCCACGGUGUGGGCCAUCGACCAGUACCGCGUGUGCCAGGAGGUGCUGGAGCGCUCGCGGGAUGUGGUAGAUGAUGUUAGCGUGUCCUUGCGGCUCUGGGACACCUUCGGUGACCACCACAAAGACAGGCGCUUCGCCUAUGGCAGGUCCGACGUGGUGGUUUUGUGCUUCUCCAUCGCGAACCCCAACUCCCUGCACCACGUGAAGACCAUGUGGUACCCGGAGAUCAAGCACUUCUGUCCCCGCGCCCCCGUCAUCCUGGUGGGCUGCCAGCUCGACCUGCGCUACGCCGACCUGGAGGCCGUCAACCGGGCACGGCGCCCCUUGGCCAGGCCCAUCAAACCCAACGAGAUCCUUCCCCCGGAGAAGGGGAGGGAGGUCGCCAAGGAGCUGGGGAUCCCCUACUACGAGACGAGCGUGGUGGCCCAGUUCGGCAUCAAGGACGUCUUCGACAACGCCAUCCGCGCCGCCCUCAUCUCCCGCCGCCACCUGCAGUUCUGGAAGUCCCACCUCCGCAACGUCCAGCGGCCCCUGCUCCAAGCCCCCUUCCUGCCCCCCAAGCCCCCUCCGCCCAUCAUCGUGGUGCCGGACCCCCCGUCCAACAACGAGGAGCGCCCGGCCCACCUCCUGGAGGACCCCCUGUGCGCGGACGUCAUCCUGGUGCUGCAAGAGAAGAUCAAAAUCUACGCACACAAGAUCUACCUCUCCACCUCCUCCUCCAAGUUCUACGACCUGUUCCUCAUGGACCUGAGCGAGGAGGACCAGCAGAGCGCCGCGGGGCACGGCUUCGGGGUCGCCGUCACCGCAGCGGCCGAACGGAUGCUGCACCAAGAGGAGAGGCACCACGGGCGGGAUUUCCUCCUCCGGGCCGCCAGCUUCGAUAUCUGCGAGAGCGCCGAGGAGGCCGGCUCCAGCCAGCGCAAACCGUGCCUUAGAGCCUCCACCAGUGACGGGAUCCUGCGGGGGAAGCGCUACGAGAACGGGGAGCGCGGGCUGAAGCGGGGCCGGGACCUCUCCUCGUGGAGCCGGGCCUUCAUCAGCAUCCAGGAGGAGAUGGCGGAAGACCCGCUGACCUACAAGUCCAAGCUGAUGGUGGUGGUGAAGAUGGACGCUUCCAUCCAGCCGGGUCCUUUCCGGGCCGUGCUGAAGUACCUGUACACCGGGGAGCUGGACGAGAAGGAGCGGGACCUGAUGCACAUCGCGCACAUCGCCGAGCUCCUCGAGGUGUUCGACCUCCGAAUGAUGGUGGCCAACAUCCUCAACAACGAGGCGUUCAUGAACCAGGAGAUCACCAAAGCCUUCCACGUCCGGAGGACCAACCGGGUGAAGGAAUGCCUGGCCAAGGGGACUUUUUCGGAUGUCACCUUCGUGCUGGAUGACGGUGCUAUCAGUGCCCACAAGCCCCUGCUCAUCUCCAGCUGCGACUGGAUGGCCGCGAUGUUCGGCGGCCCCUUCGUGGAGAGCUCCACCAACGAGGUGAGGAAGGCCCCGAGGAUUUCCCCUGGUGUGGGGAGGCUCGGGGACAGCCGUGGGGUGACGGCCGGUGUGCGGCUCGCAGGUGGCGCUUCCUUACACCAGCAAGAGCUGCAUGCGGGCCGUGCUGGAGUACCUCUACACCGGGCAGUUCAGCUCCAGCCCCGACCUCGACGACAUGAAGCUCAUCAUCCUGGCCAACCGCCUCUGCCUGCCCCACUUGGUGGCUCUCACCGAGCAGUACACCGUCACCGGCCUGAUGGAGGCGGCGCAGAUGAUGGUGGACAUCGAUGGGGACGUGCUCGUGUUCCUGGAGCUGGCACAGUUCCACUGCGCCUACCAGCUCGCCGACUGGUGCCUGCACCACAUCUGCACCAACUACAACAACGUCUGCCGCAAGUUCCCCCGCGACAUGAAGGCCAUGUCGGGAGAGAACCAGGAGUACUUCGAGAAGCACCGCUGGCCGCCGGUGUGGUACCUGAAGGAGGAGGAUCACUACCAGCGGGCGAGGAAGGAGCGGGAGAAGGAAGACUACCUCCAUCUCAAACGGCAGCCCAAGAGGCGGUGGCUCUUCUGGAACGCCUCCUCCUCCCCUUCCUCCUCUCCUUCGUCGUCGGCAGCCACAGCCUCCUCUUCCUCCUCCUCCUCCUCCUCCUCGGCUGUGGUUUGAAAGCCCGUCCUUGCCCUGGCUCCAGGAGACGGAUGGGGAGGAGGAAGAGGAGGGGGAUGAAGGGUGGGAUGACCUGCCCCAGCGCCAGGCGGGUGCCCCCAGCUGGCACCCCGGGGAGACGGAGCGGGGCGCCCCCACGCCGCAGCGCCAGCGCCGCAGGACUGGCCCGGAGCAGCAGGAGAAACCCACGUUUACAGGAGCACAAGGGUUGUCUUGGGUUUUUCUUUUAUUUUUUUUCUUUCUUUUGAACAUCAACCGCAUGAGGAAGAAGAAGAAACCCGUCCCUGUUCCACUUCAGUUUUUAAGCAGAAGCUGCGGGGUCGGGGUGGUUUUGGGGUACGCCGCCUCGCCGCCCCUUGGACUUGCAGUGGGGCGAGGUGGGACCCCGACCCCAAACCCCUCUGGGCUGCACCAGGGCUGAUCCCACAGCAUCCCCAAACCGCUCUGGGCUGCAUCUGGGCUGAUCCCACAAGGUGUCCCCCGCCCCAUUCCCAUGGGGGGGCUGUCCCCGUGCGGGGAGCUAUGGGGAAAAGGAGCCCUCUCCUCCCCGCAUCUCCCCACGGGACCUUGGCCCGCAGCAGCGCAGAGAGCAGACUUCUAUUUUAUUUUUUAAAGAAAAUUUAAAGCAAAAAAUACCGCAAAAAAAAAAAAACACAACACCAAAACCCACCCCCAGAAACCACCCCCGGGCCCUUCGGCUUGGGCUCGGAGCCUGGGAGGCUCCAUUGUAAUAAAUGGUAUUUUAAAAGCCCGGCGUGGUCCCUGUGUGUUUGGGAGGAAGCAGCUGGCGGAGGAGCAUCGCAGGAUCCAACAUCAAAAAAAAAAAAACCCACCCAAACACCCCAAAACCAGGAGGAGCAGGGGCUUCGCAUUGGACUGACCUCGCCUGCUCCACCUGCGUCGCUGUAGGUGCCCAAAAUUGCACAGCGGAUGCCCGGUGGCACCCUUGGGUGGACCCAAGCCUCUGCUCCCAUCCCAGCAGGGGACAGCAGGGAGGACGAAGUGACACCCCUGGGUGCUGCUCUCGUCCCCGCUGGCUUUUUUGUAGCUGCUCCUUUUGGAUGCUCGUCCCCAGCCCCGGGCAUAGGAGCACGGGAGCGGAUGCAGCGGGCGCACGCUCUGCGCUAUCGCGCUUUGCAGCAGGUAGGAUGAGUUUUGUUCCCUUUUUAAAGCGGGUGCUCGCUUGUCCAGCACCAAUCCUGCACGUGGGGUCCUGCGGGAGGUGCCCGGCCUGGAGCUGCCGUGCUGGGACCCCCGGAGCAAAGCGCCCUGCUGCCGCCCCCUUCCCCAUCCCGGCAGCUCCUGCUUUCAGCCACUUGCCUCGAGAAACCACCUGCACACGGAUAAAGCCUUGCGGGGAACUUGGAGGCUGGCGGGCAGCUCUGGGUUGGUUUUUGGGGCGAGCAGAGCCCCUUCCUCACCCAGCACCUCCUCGCCCAGCACCGCAUGGAUUUGCACCGCAGCUACGGCAGCGCGCCGCCCCUGCCUGCGCCGGGGACCCAAAUUUCAGCCUCCUGCUCCUGCCGGUGGGCAGGGUGGAAAAGCAGAGGCCAGGUUUGCUGCUGAGGACUUCCAGUGGCACCAGCAUCGCUGCUGGGGACAUGGGGACUGUUCCCAGCAGGAUGCCACGUGGCAGAGCC